AUUGAAUGUCAACAAUCGGCCUUAUCCAUCUAGCGCUGCCAUCACAUCUGUCUGGCCAAGCCGAGUGUCUUUCGAGGCCAUAUCAACACUCAAUAGUCCUGCUUCACAAGCAACACUCGUCGCCUCUCCAACUGUGCCCAACGCCAUGGGCGCCUCUUUAGCAGUGCAAUCGGUGCUUACUCCCAUGAGCCCCAAAGUGACUUCAUCGCCACAUCGAGCAGCGCACAAGGCGCCUCACCCUCGGCCCGAGGCAUGGCCAUCCAUAUUGGCGCUUAAGAUUGCGCGCCCAACUGCCUGA